AUAUAUAGCCAACUACAACAACUAUCAUCAGCUCUCCACCCGCACCAUGCACGGUUCAUAAUCUCUCUCUCAUAUUUUUUUACCUUUCUGAGUUUACCAAACCUGAUUACUUGGGAGUUGGAGAAGCAAAAGGGGAAGUGGUAGAGAGAGAGAGAGAGAGAGAGAGAUGAAGAAAGGAUCUUCUCUGCAGUUGGUAAGGACAUUAGAGUUGCUGAAGAAGAUAAAAGGGCUUGGUUAGAGGAAUUCACAUACGUUAUAAUUAUUCGAAGAUUAAGAGAGAUAGAAAGAGAAAAAGAGGAGUUGUUGUGAAGUGAACGAGGGAAAAAAGGAGUAGUGAGGGAAGAGAUGGUGGGCUCAGGAGCAUCAGACAGGAGCAAAGAAGCGGUUGGGAUGAUGGCCCUGCACGAGGCCCUCAGGAGUGUCUGUCUCUGUUCAGACUGGACUUACGCCGUCUUCUGGACCAUUCGACCACGCCCGAGAAGUAGAGGUGGUAAUGGAUGCAAGGUUGGCGACGACAACGGUAGCUUGAUGUUAAUGUGGGAAGAUGGGUUUUGCCGAGGAAGAGUUGCCGAGUGUCUGGAAGAUAUAGAUGGGGAGGAUCCAGUCAGAAAGGCCUUCAGCAAAAUGUCCAUUCAGUUGUAUAAUUAUGGAGAAGGGUUGAUGGGUAAGGUUGCUUCUGAUAAGUGUCACAAAUGGGUUUUCAAAGAACCUUCUGAAUGUGAGCCAAACAUCUCCAACUACUGGCAAAGCUCUUUUGAUGCUCUUCCUCCUGAAUGGACUGAUCAGUUUAACUCAGGAAUUCAGACCAUUGCUGUGAUUCAAGCUGGCCAUGGCCUUCUACAAUUGGGAUCCUGCAAGAUUAUACCUGAAGACUUGCAUUUUGUGCUGAGAAUGAGACAUACCUUUGAAUCUCUUGGCUACCAAUCUGGCUUCUACCUCUCCCAGCUCUUCUCUUCAACAAGGAACACUUCUUCCUCAACCUCUGCUCCUUCAAAGCAAGUGGCAGGGCCAAGCCGUCCCCCUGCUCCCAUUUUCAAUUGGAGCCAAAGGCCACUCCCUACUGCAACUUCUGUCAUGGGUUCCCCAAAUUUCCAUAAUGCUUCUCGCCUUGGGCUGCCACAGACCAAAGAUGAAACGCAUCUCUUUCUCCUACCCCAUUCAUCAGAGACCCAAGUCAAUAACAUGAUUGCAGAUCAUGACUCUGACUUAAAAUGGCCAAAUGGGCUCUCCUUCUUCAAUGCUCUUACUGGUCGGGUUGAUGAUGCUAAGAUUCUGUUCGGGCCCGAAAACUUGGGGAACAAGCCAAACCAACAACACCAUCCCCUUGUUCUUGCAGGGAAGAAUUCUAUGUCUGCAAUGAACCUCUGUGUUAGAACCGAUGAAUCUAAUAAGGUCAUGUCUGAAGCUUCUAACUCACAGAACCAGCACGGAAAUGGAAGUGAGAAUCCUGGUAAUGCAAACCCUACUGAUUACUUGAGCUUGGAGAGCCAUUCAAACAAUGUCCGGAAGAUGGAAAACAAGUUCAAGAGGAGUUUUACAUUACCCGCAAGAAUGACUUCAUCAUCAUCUUCCUCUUCUCUAGAUCAUCAUCCACACCACCCUAUGGACUAUAGAGGUUCUGAAGCUGGCAUCUAUUCUGAUAUCAUGGAAACCUUUUUGGAAUAAUUGGAUAAUGAUCUGUAUGGGAGGAGGAUAAGGGUGAGAUGAUGUACUACUCUAUCUGCAGGCAAAUUUGGUCCUUUUUUCCUACUUGAAUGUCUCAAUGCCCCAUUUACUAUUUUCUGUCAUUGCAUGGGACUUUACCUUCAUCUGCUAUUCAUCUAUAAAUAAACUUUAUCCUUUAAACUUGUAAUGAUCAUCACUCCCGCCAGCUUUUAUUUCAAGAUUUAAGACACUAAUCCUAGUUUGCUUGACUCAUUUCUCAUGGAAGUUCAAUAAAAUCUUUGGACCAA